CAAUGCGGCCGUGCCGUCUUCCUCGAAGGACGCCGUCAUGACUGAUGGCUCUCCAGCGCAGAUGCUAGUGCACCGAAACGACCACCAAGUCCUCGGGCAAAAGCAUGAAGCUUCGCUACCGACAUCUCCAUUACAGACCAGUGCCGAGAGUCACCAGCGCCAGGCAUCCCGCAGGGCGUCGAUGAAGGAAAAUGCCGAGGACCCCUCGCUGCUUACCUCGGGACAGCGCAUGCUCAACGACGUAACGGAGGCCCAAGGUUCGGAGCAGCGCGCAAAUUUACCUGACGUCGUUGGCACGAAGGCUAGUCCUGCCAUUACGCCUUCAAGGAAGAGAUCAGGAUCCACAGUCAAGCUGUCGCUUCCCUUAGCAACGGACCAGGACCAGUCACCGAAACCCAGCGGCUCACGAGGAUCGGCGGGCCCAGAAGAUCCGAAGUUUCAGCACCGACCUUCGCACACGUCUUUGCUUCAAGUGCUCAACAUCCUCAAAAACGAGCGCAGUGGUGAACACAGGGCAGGGAAGUCCUCUUCCGACGGCCUCGACUACGGCGGAAGACGCGAUCCUGAGGUUCUGUUCAGAGUGGCAGGAGUGCCGAUCACGAAAUCCUGCGCCAUCCUUACGAUCAGCAUCGUCAUCGUGACUGUCCUGACAAUUUUCGUCGUCAUUCUGUUGACACGACAAAGACGAACAGUCCCAACGCAGCCCUUUUGCGAGACUGAAGACUGUUUCCAUCACAGCUAUCGUCUUCUCGGGAAACUGAACCGCAGCCUCGACCCAUGCGAAAACUUCAGCGCUUACGUCUGCUCCGCCUGGUCACCGCCCGAGGGCUACCUCAAGCACUCCAACUCAGCUAUGGAUGACGUGCGCAAGUCAUGGUUUCCUGCGUUCCGUGAAAUGCUGAGAGAAGGUUCGGAAACAAUCAAGGUCGGCCUCAAGCCUCUGGCGAUGUACUCGUCUUGCAUGGGCACGCGCUCAGAGUACGGCUCUAACGUGGAGAUAUUCUGGGACAUGCUCAAGGAAUGCGGGCUCACCUGGCCCGAGGAACCAGAGCCAGGUAAAACCAGUGCCUUAGACGUACUAAUGACGCUGGCAUAUAAGUGGCAGCUUCCACUAUUCUUUCAAGUGAGAGUGCUGCGCUUGAAGUCAGCGUCAAAGUGGCGCUUCACCAUGGAUCCUGGUUCCCUUAUACCCCUGAUGUACCAACACCACGUGACAGUUCAAAAUUCUGGAGGAUACGAGAAGUACUGGGCUACUUUUUACAUCAUCUUGAGUGACAAGCGCAACGAAGCACCAGUCAACAAGACAGUCAUCGCCUCUGCAAAAGCAAUGGAGGGCGACGUCUUCAAGAAGCUCCUGACUGCCAUGCGUCCUCCGGUAGUACGCCCAGUGCUUGUGCCGAUGUCUCAAAUUGGACCCUACACGCCAUCGUUGAACUCAGACCAGUGGCUACGUGCAUUCAGGCAGACCGAUCUCGAGCCUGAAGUGGAACUGCAAGACCAGGUUCUUUUAGGCGACGCAGGAUUCUUUCUAGCAUUGGCACGUGUGAUGAACUCUUACGAGGACACUCAGCUGAUGUCCUUGAUCGCCUGGUCUUUCGUGCAGCUGUUGUCCCCUGCAAUGGACUACCGACUGCUAGAGAACCGAUACGAGCAGGGCGUCUCAAUAUACCGGCCGUACUUCUGCGAACGAUUUGUCGAAACUGCCUACCGGUUCCUGGUGCUAGCGCUCGCCUCUGCAUCACGCUUCUCGCUCCACGAGCGCGAAUUCGUCAGCGCUGGCUUCCAGAGCCUCGUCUCAGCCGCCGUCGAUAUGGUGAACGUGACAGAGUGGCUGGACGUCGAGAGCCGGCAGCUCGCAGCAGGGAAGCUGUCUUCCACCCGCCUGCAUCUGUGGCCCCCGGAGAAUUUCCUCAAGGACGAUGUACUCGGCAAUAUCUACGAGGCCUUCCCCAGCAGUGAAGCUUCAUUUGCAGAAUACUGGGUCAAGUCGCGUCGUUGCGCAGCUGAAGCGUAUCUUCCGCGAGAUGACAUCGACUUUCAGAGCUACUCGUUUAAUUAUGCACUGCCAUACCUGCUGUACGACGCCACGAAUAACUCUGUAAAGGUGGCCGUGGGCGCUGUGACCGCACCUCUCUACUAUGCCAGUGGGACAAAUGCCAUGUUCUACGGGGGACUGGGUUUCUCCAUGGCCUUAGAACUCGUUGCGUCUCUGAACAGCCAAGGGCUGAUGUGGCACCCCGAUGGCACGUUCGGUGAUUCGUUUCUAUCCAACGCUUCAGCAAGAGCCUUCGAAAUCCGGGACGGCUGUCUGACCUCCGCCGAGAAGCAGAGGGGCGCAAACGCCAAGACCAACCAGAGUGCGUCGGAAAUUGGAAUUAGCGUGUUCCCCGAGAUCCCCGCGCUCGAGGUGGCCUACAUGGCGUACCAGCGCUCGCUCAGUGAACGCAGUGACAACACUCCGCAGGGCAUCCCGAAAGUCCUCUCGGGCGAUCAAGUGUUUUUCAUGACCCUGUGCUAUAUGAUGUGCACGUUGCCUGACGCCGUGGGUCCGCACACGGUGGACUGCAACAAGGCCGUCCGCAACUCGGAGGCCUUUUCUCGGGCAUUCCGGUGCCCUCUGGGGUCUCAGAUGAAUCCCAAGCAGAAGUGCUCCUUCUUCGGUUGA